UCUCAGUGUAGUGUCAGUUGUGGCGGUGGUGGGCGAUGGUUGUGUUGCGGUAAAGUGCGUGUAGUGCGUGUGGAUACGGUUGUGAUCGCCGCAGACAUGUUGUGAUGUAGUGUUGAAAGUCUUGUAGGUAACGGAUGUUGCUAGCCUCUUCUCGUCCUGUUCCUGUAGCACCUCUGUGUAGUGUUUUUCACAUGCCUACCCUUGUGUGAGUGACUUUACACCAUGUACUCUUGUCUGCACACCCCGGUGAUGCUGAUCUCGGUCCAGCGUCGUCCUCUGUCAGGACUGCACGACGAGGACCCCACGGGCAAGGAGACGGAGGACGACGCCCCCCUGGGUGCCUGCAUGGACGCCACAGUGAUGCGCCUCAAGCGGCGAUGGUGUCGGGGACGACGCGCUGUCGUCAGGACCGUGGUCAAUCCCUGGGUACGGUGGAGAGGUCGCCGGGUUCAUCCCAUCUACUGCCCGGAGGGGCUCAACAAGAUCCAGGAGUUGGACGGAGGUUUCUUCGAGAGGUUUGGGUCGCUGGGACAGAAGGAGCAGCAGGCCGCACCUGAGGAUGACCCCGAGCCGCCGCAGGACGAUGUUGAGGAAGAGGCAGUCAAGAAGGAGAUCAAGAAAGAUCUCCUGGCAGAGGCCAUCGGUCUUAACAUUGAUGAGCUGUACCUGGAAGUCCUUUAUGAAGUGAUCCACACAGUCGGCUGCAUGAAGGAGCUUGGAGAACAGGAGGUCCUGUUGCAGUACCUGCAGAAAGCUUUCAGAAUGGACACAGAGAAACACCAAACACUUCUUGAACAAGCAAGGAGUAAAGAGCCUCCAAAUAUUCUGCUGAAUGUGCAGAUUGUGGAAGCCAAAGAACUCCCCCCUAAAGACGCAAAUGGUCUAAGUGAUCCGUUCUGCACUCUUUACCUGAGCUCAGACCCCAGACAUCGCUACAACACUUCUGUCAAGGAGCAGACACUCAGUCCUAUCUGGGAGGAGCACUUCUCUCUGCCUAUUGACACCCCAAGUGAUGAAUCCCUUUGCAUUGAAGUUUGGGACUUUGAUCCAGCAGAAACAGUGAGAGAAAAAAUGACAAAGUUUACAGAUGUGAAGGGUGUCAAAGGAUUUCGGAAAUUAAUCAAGGAAAUUGCAGUCACAGCUUCCACCGGCAAACAUGACAAUGAAUUUAUUGGCAAUGCAAUUGUUCAGCUAAAGAACAUACCUGCUACUGGACAAAUCAUGUGGGUGAAUCUAGAAAAGAAAAAUAAGGUUCGCCGUCAAGGAAUUGUUAGAGUGAAAAUUGCCUUUAGCACUGAAAAAAAUUCCCAAGCAGCAACACAAGAACACAGACAUCUUCUGAGGAUAUUUGCGAUGCACGAAAUUGAGGCUUUACAGUCUGAGGAAGGGGUAGAGUGGAACGGAGGGUUGAGUGCUGCUGCGGAGAGUAUUCUGCAGCAACACGUUGCGCAGAGCAGCAUGACAGAAACAGACGAGGCUCUGGCGAAGUGGGUCGCGUAUGCAGCCAUCAACACCACUCAUGCAGUAAGCUGUGCAGCCUUCCAUUCAGCACUGCAGAAGCUGAUCAGACCCAUCAACAAUGGACUACUCACGGACGAAGAGUUUAAAUCAUUUUGGGAUGCUGCAAAGAAAAUGUUACCAUCAUGUUUCAAAACUAUCAAAAAACUUCGAAAACUACCUCCAGCAGAAAAGAGCACCACAACUCUCCUUACAAAUACCCUUAGCAUAUUAUCAACACUGAAUUCCAUGCAGUUACCAAAGGGUUUAGACCUGUUUCCUCAGUCAGUGUAUGGUUGGCUCACUCGAUCCACAAACUGUGAUAUUCGUUCUGUCGUGGAAGAGGCAAUAACACAGGCAGCCGUGGACUGGUUCAUCCACCUCACCGAUCACAGCAAACCUGAAGACAGUUCAGAAAAGUCCAAUUUGAAGCACAAAAUUAAUAUUGUUAGAUUGAUUAAAUCGGAUCUUCAAAAGGCCAUCGAAUUCCAUGAAAAGUUGUUUGUCACGAUGAUACAAGUUUCUUAUGCGAAGACUUUGUAUACCAUUUUUGAGUGUAAAGUAAGUGAAAUGACUGAGCCUUUAGUGAAUGACAUCUGUGCAAGUCUAAAACCCCUGAGGUAUAAGGACAAUUCUCACACAGCCAACAUGGAGGACGACCCCCUGGCACUGGGAACAAGUCUGUUUGAACUCUACAUUGAACUUCAGAGGCUGUCAGUCCUAGGUACAGCAAUCUGCCCAUCGGAGUCUGAUAACUUCCACAUCACUCGGUUCCACACAUGGUUCCAUCGUGGAGUCGCUCACUGGCUAGAUAUUGCAGUUUACAAAGCAAUGCAUCGCAUACAGCGAGCCGUGGAACUUGAUGAACUCAUCCCUAUAGAUUCAACUGUCAGAUACUCUUCUUCUGCUGUUGACACCCUUCAUAUAUACCACCAGAUAAAAACAUUCUGGCAACAAUUGUCGUGGCCCGAUGUUGAAGGAUCAUACACGUUCGUUGCAAAAAUCAUGGAUGACAUUUGUAGGUGUUCAGAUCACUAUGCAGAUAUCAUGGCUUCGAGAGUAGAGAAGAUGGGUGAAACUCAAACUGUCUACCAGAAGAAAUUUGAAGUUACAAAUGAGUGGUGCUUGGCUAUCAACAAUAUUGACUAUGUGCGCCAGUCAAUCCAGCCGUUUGUUAAAGAACUGGGGUUGGAUGACAUCAUCAAGAAAUUGGCAGAGUUUCAGAGUCACUCAGCGGCUGAACAUUGUAGGGAAACAUUGCAACUAGUCUUGGAUAAUGCAGUGGAGACGGUCAAAAACAAAAUUUUGGACCUCUUGGAAACAGUUGUUGAGAAGAUGAGUCCAGCAAUCAGGAGGUUUUUAAUGGAAGGAGCAGAGUUGGCAGAUCAAGAGAAUAACUCUGUUGAUCGACUGAUGCAGUACCUAGACGAGAACUUGACGACUCUUGGCUCUCAACUGAACCCCGACAACUUUGACAGAAUUCUCAACAUUACAUUUAACAAGCUGGCAAACAUCAUGUAUGAGUUGGUUGAGAAUGGGCUCGAGAAAAGGAAGCCACCACCUUUUUUUGCCAAUCUGCACAAAACUCUGCAUGUGUUGAUGGGUUUCUUUAGACAAGGGGAGAACAAUCAGAACAAUAACAAUGAGAUGAUGUCCCAGAUAGAGAGGUUGCUGACCUUACAUGGGAUGGACACUCCAGAGCUCGUCAUGCAGGUUCACAUCGCACGCCUAGAGGAACAGAGGAAGAUGGCGACCACACCCAUGGGUCUGCUGACAGUAAGACUACAGUUUGUCCACGACACACUACGUUUGGAGGUCCUCAAUGCUAGGAACCUCAAGCCCUUGGACUCCAAUGGUUCUUCUGAUCCUUAUGUGAAAAUUCACUUAUUGCCUGAGGAGCUCUUUGCAGAUGUAAAAAGGCCAAGGACAAAAGCUCAAAAACAAAACUUGUUUCCUCUAUUUGAUGAGACUUUCACAAUCCAGCUAACCAGGGAGCAGAGACAAGCUAAAGACGCCAUGUUGCUGUUCAUGGUCAAGGACCAAGACUACUUUGGUGUAACUUCACAGUUUCUGGGAGAGGCUUACUUCCCUUUCAGUGAGAUUCCUACAACGACCAUGGAGACCAAUCUACGAGAGAUGCAACAGACGCAUCUCAAACUCAGCAAGCCGACGGAGUCUAGUUUGGAAUGUGAUGCGAUGAAAGCUUUGGAUCACCGACAAGGUGAAAAAUUAGCAAAAGAUUUUAUAAAACGACAAAGGUCCAAACAUAACCACAGCAAUGUGCCCUCAUAAAUGACAUUUUAUGGUUGUACAUAAAUAGAUCUGUUGUGUUUCUAUUAUAUUUUGUAUAUUCGUAACUGUACAUUUGACUGUUCCUGAGUGUAUUGUAAAAUAUGAUUAUGUGUAUACUAGUUUAAAAGCAAAUAAAAUUUAAUUUAUUUUUAAUUUUA